CGCCCCCGCCGCCUCCGCCUCAGCGGCCGCCUACGGGAGUGUCUGAGGAGGCGCGGGCCGCUGCAGGCUCUGGCGCUGCGCCGCGCGGGCCGGAGCCGCCGGACGAGGCCGACGGAGCCGCUCGCCCGGACCCCGUCGCCCGAUGUCCUCAAGAUGGUGGCAGCGGGGAAGGCGGCGUGAAGAAAGCAGCGCAGUGGGCGCAGGGACAAGGGCCCGGGCGCCCCGGGCGGAGGCGGUGGCGGGAUGGGGCUGCUGCUCAUGAUCCUGGCAUCGGCCGUGCUGGGCUCCUUCCUCACGCUCCUCACCCAGUUUCUGCUGCUUUACCGCAAACAGCCCUUGCCGCCACCGGACGAGGCCGCCCGCGCCGCCGAAGGCUUCCGCUACAUCAAGCCGGUGCCGGGCCUGGCCCUGCGGGAGUACCUUUAUGGCGGCGGCGGGGCUGAGGAGCCCGCCGGCGGGUCCCCUGAGGGCGGCGCGACCCCGACCCCCGAGACCCCCGCCCCGCCGACGCGGGAGACCUGCUACUUCCUCAACGCCACCAUUCUGUUCCUGUUCCGGGAGCUGCGGGACACCGCGCUGGCCCGCCGCUGGGUCACCAAGAAGAUCAAGGUGGAGUUCGAGGAGCUGCUGCAGACCAAGACGGCCGGGCGCCUGCUGGAGGGGCUGAGCCUGCGGGACGUGUUCCUGGGCGAGACCGUGCCCUUCAUCAAGACCAUCCGGCUUCUCCGGCCCGUGGUGCCCUCGGCCACCGGGGAGCCCGAUGGCCCAGAAGGGGAGGCGCUACCCGCCACCUCCCCCGAGGAGCUGGCUUUUGAGGCGGAGGUGGAGUACGACGGAGGCUUCCACUUGGCCAUCGACGUGGACCUGGUCUUCGGCAAGUCCGCCUACCUGUUCGUCAAGCUGUCCCGGGUGGAGGGGAGGCUGCGCUUCGUCCUCACCCGCGUGCCCUUCACCCACUGGUUCUUCUCCUUCGUGGAGGACCCACUGAUCGACUUCGAGGUGCGCUCCCAGUUCGAAGGGCGGCCGAUGCCUCAGCUCACCUCCAUCAUCGUCAACCAGCUCAAGAAAAUCAUCAAGCGCAAGCACACGCUGCCGAGUUACAAGAUCAGGUUUAAGCCAUUUUUCCCAUUCCAAACCUUGAAAGGAUUUGAAGAAGAGGAAGAAGAGCAUAUCCAUAUACAACAGUGGGCACUUACUGAAGGCCGCCUUAAAGUUACAUUGCUAGAAUGUAGCAGGUUACUUAUUUUUGGAUCCUAUGAUAGAGAGGCAAAUAUUCAUUGCACACUUGAGCUGAGCAGUGGCGUUUGGGAAGAGAAACAAAGGAGUUCUAUUAAGACGGUUGAAUUAAUAAAGGGGAAUUUACAAAGUGUUGGACUUACACUUCGUCUUGUCCAGUCAACUGACGGGUAUGCUGGGCACGUCAUAAUUGAGACAGUGGCCCCAAACUCACCUGCUGCAGUUGCAGAUCUUCAGCGGGGAGAUCGCCUGAUUGCGAUUGGAGGCGUGAAAAUCACAUCUACACUCCAAGUGUUGAAGCUUAUCAAGCAGGCUGGCGACCGAGUCCUGGUGUAUUAUGAAAGGCCUGUUGGCCAGAGCAAUCAGAGUGUGGUGCUGCAGGAUAACUUUGGACAGUUGGAAGAAAACUUUCUGUCAAGCUCAUGCCAGCCAACCUAUGAAGAAGAAACAACUGGGUUGGCAAUAGAUGCUGAAAAUAGAGACCUGGAUUCUGAAUUUGAAGACUUGGCGAGUGAUGUCAGAGCACAAACUGAGGUCAAAGAUGAGGCACAGUCAUUAAGUCAUAGUCCCAAACGUAUUCCAACAACACUUUCUGUUAAACCUCUUGGAACUAUAUCACCAGUUUUAAACCGGAAAUUAGCUGUUGGAGGUCACCCACCACCACCAAAACUUCCAUCCAAAGAAGGGCAUAAAUCCUUAGCCCUGAAAUCUUCUGAGAUAACAGAACCAGCACAAAUGUCAAAACCCACCCAAGGAUCCACUUUCAAACCACCUGUGCCACCACGACCACAAGUCAAAAUUCCUUUGCCUUCUGCUGACACCCCAAAUCAGGCAGAACUAGAUAUUCCUGUUGAAAAACCAGAAAAGGUGAUUUUGCCACCACCUCUUACAGAUAAACCUGCUGAAAAGCAAGUGAAAAAUCUGGAUCACGUGGAAGAAGCAGCUGCAACUAAACAGUUUUUAGCAAAGCAGGAAGUGGCAAAAGAUUUGACUUCAGAAAGUUCUUGCCCUCCUAAGGACAGCUCAGAUGACCCUCAAACGUGGGAAUCAUCAGAAAUUCCUUAUCGUAAUAAGCUAGGAAAAUGGACAAGAACCAGAGCUAGCUGUUCUUUUGACAUAGAAGCCUGCCACAGGUACUUAAACAUUGCACUGUGGUGCAGGGAUCCUUUCAAAUUAGGGGGUCUCAUCUGCUUGGGGCAUGUUAGCUUGAAACUUGAAGAGGUGGCUUUAGGAUGCUUAGCCACAUCAAACAUGGAAUACCUUUCCAAAUUCAGACUGGAAGCCCCAUCACCUAAGGCCAUGGUCACAAGAACCGCUCUACGCAACCUGAGUGUACAAAAGGGGUUCAAUGACACAUUUUGCUUCGGGGAUAUUACUGUUCACUUCAAGUAUUUGAAAGAAGGAGAGCCAGAGCACCAUGUAGUUACUAACUUAGAGAAAGAAAAAGAACUCCAUUUGGUCGAAGAGGUUUCUGCCCUGACUAAAGAGGAGCACUUUGUUGGACAGACGGGUUUGACAGAAAAUAAGCAUAGUUUCCAAGAUACUCAGUUCCAGAACCCAACUUGGUGUGAUUACUGUAAGAAAAAAGUUUGGACUAAAGCUGCCUCCCAGUGUAUGUUCUGUGCUUAUGUUUGCCAUAAAAAAUGUCAGGAAAAGUGUCUAGCCGAGACUCCUCUUUGUGGAGCAACUGACCAGCGGAUAGACAGAGCCCUGAAAAACCUCAGGCUGGAAGGACAAGAAACCCUUUUAGGCCUGCCCCCUCGUGUUGAUGCUGAAGCUGGCAAGUCAGUCAACAGAACAACAGGUUUGACAAGACAUAUUAUCAAUACAAGCUCUCGUUUGUUAAAUCUGCGUCAAGUCUCUAAAACUCGCCUUUCUGAGCCAGGAACUGAUCUAGUAGAACCUUCACCAAAACACACACCCAACACAUCAGACAACGAAGGCAGCGACACAGAGGUCUGUGGUCCAAACAGUCCCUCUAAGCGGGGCAACAACACAGGAAUAAAGUUAGUGAGAAAGGAGGGUGGUCUGGAUGACAGUGUUUUCAUUGCUGUUAAAGAAAUCGGUCGUGAUCUGUACAGGGGCUUGCCUACGGAGGAGAGGAUCCAGAAACUAGAGUUCAUGCUAGAUAAACUGCAGAAUGAAAUUGAUCAGGAGUUGGAACAUAACAAUUCCCUUGUUAGAGAAGAAAAAGAGACAACUGAUUCGAGGAAAAAAUCAAUUCUUUCUGCUGCUUUGGCUAAAUCAGGGGAAAGACUGCAAGCUCUAACACUUCUUAUGAUCCACUACAGAGCAGGCAUUGAAGAUAUCGAAUCUUUAGAAAGUCUCUCUCUAGAUCAGCACUCCAAAAAAAUAAGCAAGUAUACAGAUGAUACAGAAGAAGACCUAGAUAAUGAAAUAACCCAACUAAUAGACUCUCAGCCAUUCAGUAGCAUACCAGAUGACUUAUUUGGCCCUUCUGAGUCUGUUUAAGUCUGUUUAACCUUUCAAGUGAUUAAGGAAAAGUUGUAUCUCAAGUACCACAGGUACAACACAUUGAAACCCUCUUAUUAUGCACUUUGGCCUGCUUCUCCACAGUUAUUUGCUUGUGUAAGAACUAGAGUGGACAAGGUUCUCCAGCAAAAACAUGACCAGCUCCCUAAAUUGGUUGUUUCAGAUUGUAUUUAUAGCUAUGCUUUUUGGGUUUUUACUGGGAAUUUAUUUUUACUAAUUUAUUUUUAACUUUUUCUAAUUACGUAAGCUAACUUUUGGUGUUUAUGUGUGAUGUCUUGUUAUUUUUCCUUCCUCUUCCUAGUUUUUGAAUUAGUGUUAAAUAGGAUACCGUCCAGAUUCUUAAUAUUUUCAUUUCCAUCAUGGUUAUAAAAAUAAAUUUGCUGCAUGCCCAAAUUGACAACAGUGAUCAUUGAGGGAACAGGUUUUGAAUCUUAUUUUGUGUUAUGAAGUUUUGACAUCUCUACUUGCUUGAGAUUUUUGUUAUCUGGGGGCUUUGGGGGGUGCUUUUUGUUUUGAUUUUGCCAAAUGUAACAUGAAAGCAAAUGCUGCAGCUUUAGUCAGUUAUGCUGAUUUAGUAAAAAGAAAAAAAAAAGUUUACAUAGACAGCUUGCUUUCUAUGAUUCUGUGAAAUUUGCUUCCUAAAGUUUCUGUGCAGUUUUAGUAAGACUAUAGUGAUUAAUUUGAAGAGCUUGCGUUGAAAAACAAAAUGUAAUAGGGAAUAAAUAUAGAAUGCAGUUGGUCAAGAAUUUUGAGAGGAUGACAAGGUUAAGAGAGAGUAACCAGUAGGAUGUUGAAAUAUAACCUUUCAAAAUGUUGAUGCUUUCAAGUGGAAGUUCUAAACAUUUAUGAUUAGUUUUCAUCUUCACUUCUCCCAUAGGAAAUAAAGCAUGUGCAAGGAUAUUUGAAGUUUCAGAGGACUGUUCUUAAAAUGACCUUGCUUGGCUGUUUUGUUUUAGAAAUAUUGUCAUGCAUGAGAAUGUUGUGAGAGAGGAAUCAUGCGAAAUAGAUUUAUUCCUUUGUCUGACAUCCUACAGGCUUAAGGAGUGGUGAUCAUUCUGAAUGCUUCCAUAGUUCAGACUGUCUUUGUUGAUUUUUUUUUUUUUAAGUUAGAUGGCAUAAGCACGUAGGAAUUGGGACCAGUUCUCUUAAAAUGAAGAUCUGCUCGGAUACUCAGUCCAUCAGAUGGAUACCAGUAACACAUGACUGAGGGAAAAUGUGUGAGCAUGACCUUUGUUGAUAUACAUAAAAGUUUUCGCCUUUUCUAUAAGAUAGAUUUAUGUAUGUUUUUCCCUUUUGUAGGUAAGAACUGUGAUAAGUGAUAUAUAUAGUGAAACUGACAUGAAUUUUAAACUAGGUGGAACAGCUUUCAUGGCUGGCAGGAAAAGGCACAGUAGAGCAUAAGGAUUCUGGCCCAGAUCUAUAAGCCGGACUCUAUACUAGAGUUUAUGGAGUUGGCCAUUAGUGAACUGUGUAACCAUAGGCAAGCCCACAAAAGGUCUCCGUGCUACACUCUCCCCAGCUCUAAAGUAGGAAUAAACAAAACUACCUCACAGGCUUGUUGUGAGGAAAACAAUAGCAUAACUGCAAAAGCUCUCUGAACAGUGGAAAGCUAUUCAAAUAAAAGGGAUAACUCAUGUGGAUGAUUAAAAACAUGUUUAUGGGCAGAAAAGUUAUUCCACUUUUAAAAUCAAUAGCCAGUUCUCAUUCUUGCUAUUUUAUUAUUGAGUGAAAUAUUAGGAAACUAAAUAUCUUGGCCAAGUUUAUAUCAAAAAUAUAUCUGUUUGUACCCCUCUUUUUUGUUUAAGCAUGCUUGCAUUUUAAAAGAACAUUGCUGUAGAAGUCUUUAUGCACCAAAUUCACUGAAAGCAAAGUACUGUUCUGUAACAUAGCUUGAAACAAUCUGCUGAAUGUAAUAACCAACUUUCAUCUUAUCAUUAAAAAAAGUCACUUACCACUGAUAACCUGGAAGGCAGAGUAAACGGCUGGUGUCUUUGGAUUACACCAUGGAAGUUUUAGUGACAUCCAGGCAUGCUGCUGAAACUGAUGCAUUUGAAAGAGCUGUAGAAAUAAUGCAAAACUUUGGUUUCAAAAAAUCUACUCAUGUUUUAAAAGUAUUUAACUCUGUAGAACCACAGUUAGGAAAUCUCAGUAAUGCUGCUAAUGAUAUUUGUAAAAUAUAUCUUCAAUGUAGUGUAAUAUUUCUAUAUUUACUGGGAGAGACAAUAGAAGCAUCACAGUUGUACUCUAGUGCAAAGAGGGAGAAAUUCCAAAUAGCCUAGGGAAUAGUAAGGUAUAAGGCUUCAAUGAAAAGUUGUAUUAGAUCACAUUCCUGAUGUAAUCUUUCUGCCAUGCUAUGUUAUCAAUAGCUAAAAAAUAACAAUAAAAAAACUACCAUGAAAACAAGAAUAUCUUCAUUUGAUGACAUCUGAAAGAGCUGAUUGCUGCAUUUCCAUGGAAUUAUUGCCUGGUAUAACUGGGCCAUAAAAACAAGCUUAACAAAAUCCACUUUUGCUAAACAAAACUGCUAUUCUGAAAACUGCCUAAAAGCAUUAAAUUUUGGUUUUACUAUUUGUGAAAUAUCAGAUUUAUGGAUUUACCUCUGCUAUCUAGUAGUAAUUAGGCUAUUUAACAUGUAUUUUCUACUUGGUAUUUAAAUGAAUGAUUGGGUUAGACAGUCAAGCCAAGCAACAUUUUAGCAUUAGUUUAGAGUCCAUUUGCUACAUUUCUUAAUAUCAAGCCUUAUAUUCUUCAGUAUCAGAACUAGUUGAAAUGGCUACAGUUGUGCAUAACUGCGUAGCCAUUUUGUGAUUUUGAGAGGAGAAAGCAUGCUAAAAAUUUGAGGGUAUGUCAGUUCUAAAUUUAAGUAUAUCUGAAUUUUUUGAAAGGCAGUUUGACAAUAUUUGGCUCUUGCUAGUAUUAAGUCCCCUAAAAGUUAAUAAAUUUAAGAUCACUUUAAUUUUAAAAUGUAUUGUCUUCACUUCUAAAAUGAGAGAUAAUAGCUUUCUUUUAAAAACAGGGUGGUGGUGGGGUUCUCCUAACCCUGUUGAAAACCAUAGACUCUCACUCCUGAAAGAUACCCCCACACUCACCCUAAGUUUUAUGGGAUUUCCAGGAGGCCAUGGCUCUCCUGUAUCCAGUGGCUGCAUAUCAAUUAUUUUCAUCAGAUAGUUAUUCAUAGUAAUCAGAAAAACAGUAUAACUUCAGAGGUGCAAGAAUAACUUACUGAUUUGUUCCACAUUGACACCAUGUAGCUAGUUACAUAUUUCAAUGUAAUACAAUUUUUGCAAAGCCAAAAGGUAUGGUUCAGACUAGUCUGGAGUGGAUUUUACCUGAUGCCUGCAAGCAAAGAAUAAAUAGUUUUUUAACUGACUAUCUGUAGUUAAAACAAUACCUUCAUACAUAUUUUACUUGGAUGAUAGUAUCUGCUUGACAAAGGAGUACAACAGGCACAGUAGUAUUCAGAAGAUUUAUUAAGUAAACUAGCUAAGACAUGACAUGACGAAGAUGGAUACACUUAGCAGUCAAAAAAAUUGAAUAUUCAUUGCUACCUCAUUAAGCUUUUUGUAUCUGUUUUGUCAGGUUUAAACAUAAAAACCACCUCUGCUCAAAAAAUAAGUAUUAAAAGAGCUGUGUGUUCUUCGUUUUGAUUCACACAUUAAAAAAAAAAAAAAAACCUUUUCGUAGUCUUGCCAACCCCAGAAUAUUAGGCAUAUAAAAGAAAUUAUUUACAUUGUUUCCCCCUUCAGAUACAACUGAUAGUUUUGCUUUCAAAAGAGUUCUAAAAAUCACAUCUUUUAUAUGAUCUCAAGACCGACAUGUCUGCCAGUCAUUACUGAAUAGACUGACGUCUUAACAGGCAAAAAUAAAAGAGGAGUAAGUUAUAUAGUAUUGAGAGUGAGGAGAACCACAAACUCUUAAAAGAAUUGAUUUGCAGCACAUUCUUAAGACUCUCCCCCUACAUAAGUAGAGAACAAACCUGCCUUUGUACUUUAACCCUAGAAGUGCCUCCAGAGCCACCUUCCAAAGCAGCGGCCUGGUCUAAGUUGUCCGGUACAAAUACAUGAGUAGGAAGUGUGUCUGCCUCUAACACAUGCACUUGAAAACUAGACUUCACGCAAAGCUCCACAUACAAAAGCUUCAUAAAAAAAAAAAAAAAAAGAGAGAGGAAGUAUCAGCUAC